AUGUUCGACAGUCUGCUCUUGGUAGCUUGCGUCUGCAUAGUCGCUGCCCUCACCCUAUACUUCUUCUAUUGGAACCGAUUUGUUGCGUUUCUCAUUGGUCAGACCGUCCGCAUUCUGUAUUGGAACCAAGAAGCUUCAAGCAUAUGGGUUGAAAUAGGAUCUAUCCACUUCUCUCUUAUUGCUGGGAGAAUUCUCUUCAAGGACCUUCGGUAUCACUCGAGCAACCAGACCAUAAAGAUUUUGAAGGGGCAGAUUCAGUGGAGAUACUGGAUUCGACGUCCAACUUCUGAAGAGGAGAUUAGUUCGGCCCGGGGCGAAGAUGCGAAACAUUCUGCCUGGCUAUGGUCCUGUCGCAUUCAAAUCUCGUUUCAGGGCGUGGAAUGGUUCCUUUACAACAGAACGGCGGCUUAUGACAAUAUCAUAUCUCAAAUGGAGAAGAAUACUCGCCCGACGUCUCGUUCGAGCUCCAACCGUCGAUUUUUGAGUCGUUUCACGCGUCAAGUAGAGACAGCUUCACCUUUCUAUCCUCCCUCUGGUCAACGACGGGUCAUUCGCCUACCGACCUUCAUCACGAAUGCCUUGAACUGGCUGCGGCUUCAGUUGCCUAACCUUGACCCGAAGGAUUUAUUGCCUCUCGGCAUUGAUGUACAGACCGGCGUCAUCAUCCUUGGAAACCCUUCAACACCUGGUCUUCUCGUCGCAGAGUUUCAGCAUGCCUUUGGGACAUACGGUGUCGUUCCUUCCAAGUCUAAGUUUGAUCUCUAUAAACAAGUCCUUGGAAUCAAAUUCCAGCAUCCCCUUGUUCGAUUGAUUAAGAAUGAAGACUACAUUGACCCAAUGGCCGCUCUAGGAGGUCAUAUUUAUCAUCGAAUUCGACAACAUGCCACCUUACGAAAGCCUUCGUUUUACCAACCACACCGCGCAUUUGUGAAGAUAUGGCGACAGCUCCGCUUGUACAGUCUCGUCAUAGACUUCUUCGCUACUCGCCGAGCCCAACACAAAGCCCAAGAAUCUAUACCGGGCUUCAAAAAGGCUAAGGGUGCCGAAGAUGACACUCCGCUAGGAAUUGACUUCUCUGCACAUGAGUAUGCUAUAGAGCGCAAAAUCUUGGAAGCGCCUGCCUUGGAGUUGACAUAUUACAUCGAUGCUGUCGGUGAGGUUCCUGAGGAGUGUGAAGGGCCGCAUGGUGUUGGUAAAGGCGACACAUCUCCUGAGUGGGGAUUCGACAUCGUUAUCUAUGGGGGAACGCUGCGCUAUGGGCCAUGGGCCGACCGGCAGAGGGCUGAAUUACAGCGUAUAUUUUUCCCGCCGACCUAUCAAAAUAAUGAGUUAUCUCCCGAGCUUAGACCGGGGGAUAAACGGGCGUGGGGUGCUCUACAGGUCUUCGUGGAACUUCGUGAUGACACAACUCUCUACAUCCCGUUCCGUGAAGCAUCCAAGGACUGGCAAUGGGACGGACAAGUUGAAGUUCCUCAACGGCCCCGGAGGAGAGAGUCUGCGUUCAUCAGCGUGACAGUUGGCGACCAGUCAUCGAUAAAUUAUGUUAUGCCCAUGUUCGUUGGUCCAUCUGGCUAUGAAUCGACUCUUGAAGUCCACCUCGACGCCGUUACAGUCACCUCCAGCUUGAAUGAUAUUCGACUAAUAUCAGGGGAAUCCUGUCGAGUUCGUGGUGAAAUGCCUGCCUGUAUUAAUUGGGAUGGAGAACGUGCAUGGACAUUCUCCAUCUUUCUUCGCCAGCCUAUCCUCUUCCUUCUACGAGACCAUAUCAAUAUGUUCACCGACCUUGGCAGAGAUUGGGUGUCUGGACCCCCGACGGAUUACCAAAAGUUCAUCCCUAUGAUAUACGACAUUAAUCUUGAAAUGCAUCAUUUCGACCUCAACCUAUAUGCAAAUGACCAAAAUAUAAUCGACAAACCAUUAAUACGGGAAGAAAACGCCAUGAUAUCCCUUAGAGGACCUCAUCUCAAGAAUUCGACGACAAUACCUUCAAAUGUGUUUCGCCCGGAGUCCACCCCUAUUCCUUUCACUGUGAUUGCACCGGACCUUUCAGCCUGUUUCUUCUUGCCUCGAUGGAAUACGCAUGCACUGCCCACUCUGAAGGAUGGAAUCCCUCUAUUCACGACAGAGUUAUUCCAAAUCAAUGCAUCAUAUCGUUAUUUUGCUGAGGUCCACGACGAAAAUGUUGAGCAGCUCAAGCUUGAUAUUUCUAUGAAAGCCCCUCUUUAUCGAAUGUAUGGCUGGUCCAUUCGUUAUUUCAUGGUGCUGCGAGACAACUACUUGGGCUCCUUCACCCACUUCCAAACUCUGUCUGAAUAUCUUGGCAAACGAAAGCAAAAUCAGCCUGUUGGCGAUCCCAUAGGGCUGAAGUAUCGGCCUGGGAAGUCGAACAUGCUUCAAACCCAAAUUUUGCUACAUGCAGACCAAGCCGUCCUUUUAAUGCCCACAACUCUGGUCGGAUGCGCUGGCUCCACUGGCCACGACAUUACCUUCGCCAUUCCUGACAUUCGACUACAGUUUCGAAUGCACGACUACUAUAUGGAAAUGACAUUGAAGCUGGACACAGCGAGAGGAUACAUCAAAGAAGGAUACCAAUUAGGACAUGCGUUGAGUCGAUCUGGAACGACUUCUGAAGACAUUUUUAUGAUCGAUGGCGUUGACAUCACAGCCAACCGUCUAUUUGGACCCCAGCCCAGGACCGCGACGUAUGUUUGCAUUUGGGAAAUAACGAUUGGACGCACGAAGGCAUCUAUGUCUGCACGGCAUGCCCAGAUGCUUACAGCAGCCCUGACUUCCUUCCGUUUAAAUUUCGUGGACCUGGUGAAUGCUCCAGCAGCAGAUUUUGUCCCAACAAUUGAACUUGAUGUAUCUUUCUACAAGAUCACUAUCAAAUCGUUUGAGGCGACGUGGAAGGCUGGUCAUGCCGCCUUGCUAGUGCAACUCUCAGAGGGACUAAAGUUAAACAGCAACGAUUUGGGAACACGUCAGUAUCGGAAGGUUUCAAGCUUGAGAGUUCCAGACGUAUCAGCAAAAGUUCUUCUGGCUCCAUCUGUUGAAAGGAAUUUAUGGUUGGAGGCAGCAGAAUUUGUUUGCGACGCAUAUUUAGACAUCUAUGCUGCCCCGAUGGGACAUCGCGUCUUUACUCGUGCGCAACUUGCGUUCAUCGAAGAGCAAGAUAAAGGCACUGGUAGGGCAAGAAGGCUUUUCGAACAGCUCAGGCAGCGUAACAGGCGCCCCGGCCAAGUUGGCCGACUGUCCCAUCGGAAUUCCGUGUACCUGCCCCAGCCUAGUCUGCCUUCGCGUGCAGAUGCUUUCACACAGCAACGCCCGACCCAAUACCAACCCCCUCCUCAUCCACGCCCUGCAUCUUGGCGUCUUUCUACGCUAGCAACUAUGUCCGAUUCGGAAGGGGAAGAAGGAGUGUCUGAAGCAGAUCGUGACGCCCGUUUGGCGAGAACACGCACAUCUACUCCCGUUCCUCGGGUUCAGGAAGAGGAUGUAAUGUCGAGUGGUGAUGAAUCAGAUGAUGCCGAUCUUACCGAAGGGGAAUAUUCAGAAGACGACUGGUCAGACAUCGGUGACUCCUCCGACGAAGGAACAAAUGCUCUCAUGUCUUUCUACUCUAACAUUAUAAGGCACUAUGCGGCAAACCGCUCGGAUCCGCCUGGACUGUGGGAGGGACCGUUGUUUAUUCCCACACGGGGAAGGGCACCGUUCAUUCGUCGUGACGAACAGGACAAUCUAGGUUCUGAACAUUCUAAUCAUGGAUUGACAAUUUCUCCAGAGCAAUUACCCAAAUAUAAUGAUCUCACAACGUUCCGUUUGAAGGGCCGAAAAGCUGCUAAAAUUCUGUGCACGCCAUUGAUAUUGCCCGCUGUUGUUCAAUUCGAAGCAGACAUAAAAAGCGUCGCCUCUGACCCUCAAAUGUGCAUGGAUUCUCUGCUCGCCGACUGUAUUUCACGAAUCUCAUUCAAUGAUACCACGGCCCCGAAGUCCUCCGUUGCAAAUGUCAGCAUACCACGCGUCAGUUUUCAAAUUGUCCAGAAUAUUGCGAUGUCAAAUGAUGGUCGUCCAAACGUCUUUCAAUCGAUGCACUCGGCCACUGUGCCCUCUAAUCUGGAUAUUCUGACCCUCAUAACCCUAGAUGUGUCUGGGAUCUCAUUCUCUGGUCUAUUUAGCAGUGAUCUCCCUACCUUCAAGGCCUCAGUGGACCAGCUUAUCACCGAGUUCGAAAUCUCAACUGACAGGCGUACCCUCCAAGCUGCAAAUCCAAAGCAAGCAGUAUUUAAACUAUCUAUCGCUUCUCCUUCCUUUGGCCAGUCCCCCAGCGGCAUUGAUUUCAAUACAGGUUCUAUGUCAAUUAGCAUAGGCCACCAGGCUCCGGAGUUGGUGUCGGCGGCAUCCAUAGCUCUUCUCCCUUUAUUUUCGCAAGUCGGAAACAUUCUAAAGGGAUUGGUGUCCUUUGACCUCAUGGAAAAAAGGUCCAUCAUGGGAACCCUCCUAAAUGCUUCGGAGGACAAGCCAGUUAUUGACCCACUUUCCACCAUACAACCGUCCUACCUCGUGCAAUUCGGCAUUCCUCACUCCCUGCGAGCUGAUGUGUCUUUCCGAUUUUUAUAUCACCUCCGGAACUGUAUAACGACGACAAGAAGUAAUCACUGUGAUGGCAUUGGUUUAAAGGACCUCGUAGCUUCAACAGAAGCACGAUUGGCACUUCUUGAUCAAGAUGCUUCCAACAUCAGUGACCUGGCGGCAUUAGAUCCUACGUUGUUUAGCCCGGGAGCUCCAAGGGACACCACAUUGCAGAAAUCCCACCCACAUCUCAACAGUAUUCAUGUGUGUAUUGUGACGGCGACAAUUGCAGUCCGAGCACCGGAUGGCCCAUCCAGUGAACUCGUUAUCAAGAAUACCAGUGUGAAAUGGCAGUCCCAGUCGCUUGACCUUGUUCAAUUCAAUUUCAGCAACCCCUCUGGCGCAUCUCAAUCAUCCUUGCGCUCUAAAACUUCCAAGGUGGUCAAGAAGGCUGUUGCCCUCCUUUCUUUUGGAGAUGUAGAUCUGGAGAUUGCGCCUCACUUGAUGGAUUUUGCCCAACAUGUCUUACGUGUGAAGAAGCAAAUAGGCGGCAAGAACGAAUCCCUGUCGAAUCGCAUCCUGCAGGACAUAGCAGAUCGAUCCUCAAACUACGUCUCCAAAUUCUCGCACCACGAGAUCAUCGCCUUCAUCCGUCGACUUCGCAUUCGAGCAGCUGCAGAGAACCUGGUGGUUGUGAUGGGCAUGAAUGGGAUUCAGACCUCAAUAACGGUACUGGUGAACCCAAGCCAGAGAAGCCGCCCUAUCAACAGCAGCCUUCUCUUUGACGAGAUAUACCUUCAAGCCCGUUCCCCGGCCAAUCCUGCCGAGGAGAGCGAUCAGGAUGUUUUGGCCUCCAUCGCUUUGACAAGCGGCCGAUCAAGCGCUAUUUUGCGUCCUGAGUCUGGAUCGCGAACUGACCUGAAGCUCAUCUUUUGUCUAUCUGGACUAAGGUUGCGUGUUCCACGGAGUGCACUCCGCCUCUAUCGGUUCGUAGAAGAGUGGAGAGCUGACUAUCUGCCUGGAAUAGAAGCGACAGUCUAUACGCUGCUUUCGGAAUACAAAUCGACGCCGAUCAAAGAACUGUCGCCUACCCCUUCCCGUCGAUCAAGACGUCGCCCGAUUGUACAGAUUCACGGACAAGUUGAUCACUUUGAGAUCUCUUUACAGGUUAUGCACGGUACCUGGCUAUCAUGGCAAGUGCAGAAUACCCUCGCCUACUUUCAAUCGUCCAGUGCAGCUCUGAAUCCGUCAUAUUCUUUUGGACUGCAGACUGCGUCCAUGAUCGUGAGCGUGUCUUCGAAGCCAAAUGCUCAAGAUGUUGCCCCCAGUUCCAGAUUAAAACUUGUACUUCCCCCACUAUCACUUGGUGGCCAGUCCGACGGAUAUAACAUCAACAUGCGCAUUCUUCUACGCUUCAUUGACAUCAAAGUCAAGCCGUCUCAUUGGGACACCAUUCUCGCAGUGCAACAGAAAUUUGGGCAGGACUUCAAUGACCUCGUUGCCUUGAUGCAGAAGACACGCCGAAAAGACCCUUCUUUUAAACCUUUGACUAAAGGGAAAAACAACAAUUUCCAAUACGUCGGGCAGUUCAAGAUGCAGGGUUUUAGGAUUGGGUUAGAAGGCGUGUCUUCGGUUGUGUAUCUAGAGUGCCAGGACAUCAACGGAGGCAUAAGCAGCGAAGAGGGGUGGAAAUGGGAUGUUGGCUUAUCGGACCUUGCUUUUUCACUUGCUCCUCGAAUGACUGGAAAGACGAGUACCGCUUUCAGUCGCAAUCAUAGAUCCGCCUUCGUGACUAUUGACUUCAAAAUCGGUGGAUCCAACAUCGAUGGUCGAGACGGAAAGAGUAUUUAUCUCUCGGUGACGAAAACCCAUGCAGUUAUGCAACCUAGUUCUAUUGGAGAGUUCGGAGACUUCAUUGACAAUUUGCAGGCUGAGAUGCUCGAACGACAAGAACAGCGAGCCUUGCAGCUCGCUACUUUCAAGGAAAAGACGGGAAGCAUCCUCCAGACCUUCGACGUUAACAUCAAUGAUGCCCAGUUUCAAAAGUCCUCAUGGAUCAAUGACCUAGUUGUUUCUGUAUCUGUUCGCAACAUUGGAGUAGCGUUUCCGCUGAGUCACGACGAAGAACUCCAACUUCCACGGACCAGGAGCAAAGAAUCUGUUGCUGUUCGAGCCUUCCUAUUUUCCAUCAAGUCGAUCGAAUUUGAGUCCCAUCGCGGGGAAACCGGGCAGGCGAUGAUGAAGCGGCUGUCUUUCCAAUUUGUUUCGCAGUUCAGACAGUCAUCCCCCGAAGACUUCGCUGCCGAAAAUCACUCUACAUCCAAUUGCUUGCUCUAUCCAGAGAUGCAGGCUCAGCUCCGAUCCUCAAGCGUCGGUCUUUCAAGGAAAUUUUGGAUCAAAGCUGAGGUCAACGGAUUCGUGCUCGACAUCGAUUCGACAAUUCCAAGCUAUGUAUUUGCUUUAAUCGAUGUCUACAGGCAGGGUAAAGAUCGAGUCGAUCGGUUGUCUGCGAUUGCGCCGCGAACACCGCUAAGCCCUCCAUCGACUCCGGACAGUGCAAAGCCCUCACCAGAAAAACAUUAUACGACUAUACCUACUUCCAACAUAUUUGUGAAGUUGACUUUUAGGAGUGGAAAAGUCCGACUCCACAGCGGCUCUGCGAGCGACCAAUUUAAGAAGAGAAUUUCAGCCAGCAGUCUUGUCGAUCUAUCGGACGACCUGGCACUUGAUCUCGGCGUCGAAGUCUUCAAUCUUCCGGUAGUGUCUGUCUGGGGAGAGUAUAGGACAACGCCGGCGUCCCAGAAAAUCUCGAUGUCGGAACAUGCCCCCUCCGACCUCCUCGUUUUCAACAGCACCGUAUCUUCCAGCCAAAAUACCUUGCGCCCUACCUUGCUCCCUUUCAUGACUGAGCUAGUCAAUCAAAUUGAGAUGCGGAUGCGCAAAGUCAGCUCUCGUGUGUCGCGGCCGCCUUCUCUCGCGCCUUCUCUCGCGCUGGCUGUUCCACCCGGCGCCUCUUUGCCCGAGAAGGACCCGAAUAUCGAAUCUAUGUCGAGCAUGCAAAUUUGCUUCAGCCUUCGCAUCGAUCAAUCCAAGCUCGAAUUGACAUGUCAGCCGGAUGUUAAUGUAGUUGCUGGAUUGCACUGGGAAAGUGGAGGGUUUGUUCUUAACGUUUCUCCAGGUGCACGGAAGGUCGCAUUCUCUGGAAGUGUUGGGGGUCUCACGGUUGGAUUGAAGCACGGUUUCUUGAGUGAGGAUUGCGUAAAGUUGGACGCUCGCAAUCUCACUUUUUCCGUCUCGUUUGCGAAGACAGACAUGGGAGUUGGGGAUAUCAUCAACAGCAUUUCAGUUGCCCUGGACACCGAGUUCUCGGGAGGUGUACGAUUCUCCCGACUGCAGGAUAUUUUGUGCUUCAAAGCUGUCUGGUUAGAUCGGAUUCCGAUCCUUAAUAACAAUACCCAAAUGCCAACGGAAGUGAAGGCUCCAGCUCGACCGGCAUCCUCCCAGGCAAUGGAGGCCGCUCCCAAAAGAGGUUUCUCAACUUCUAUUCUCCUUCGAAUCCGGCGAAUCGCUUUGGACAUAGACCUUGGUCAAUCCAUUACGCGGAUAAGUCUGGAGUUGAAUCAGACCAUUUUCAGAACACAAUUGGCGGACAUCCUCAACGAGGUGUUCUUCUAUGUAGGCGAUGUAUCUACCACUGCCCGGGGAAACAUCUCCGGCCGCCUACAAGUCCCUUCUUGCAUUUUCCAGACAAUACGAAGAACUGGAGGACCAUUGCGAGAUAUCAGUGGUCUACAACGGAUGCUGGAGCUCAGGUUGACGAGCGGUGCCCUAGUUGCUGUCCUCGAAUCCGAGCAUCAGAAACUUUUACAUUAUCAGUCAGCUCCUUUACCCUGGUCUCUAUAUGGAGGUACUAAUUUUAUAUCCCACCUCAGCGCUGAGCCUCUGGAGGUUGAAAUCUAUGAUGAUUGGUCUAAAAGCCAUUCAAAACAGAGUGAUGACGCAAAGCCGCCUCAACUAUCUUUUACUAUCAAUAGUCCAGAGGUCGUCGCCGUCGUCACCAUCGGGACCAUUCCAAAGCUGAUGUCCUACGCGAACAAAUUCAAGGCCAACUUAGAUGCUCAACGUCAAGGGGCGUCCAGAGAGUCGCAGACGUUCCGGGUCACUCGCACACCUAAACCAGAGAAUCCUCUUUCUGCUGUCGCCGAGGCCAUGCUUCAUUCAGCGCGUAGCCGUUUCAAGGAAGCUGAGUCCGACCAUGCGUAUAUCAUCCAACAGCAUAUGAGCCUUCGACUUGGAUUCCUGCGGCUGGCGGUCUUCCCUCGAACGAUGAGAGACCUAGAGGUUGCUCAGUUCACUGGACGUGAUGUCGCAGCUCGUUUGGAUGGCAUCAUUGGGUCCGGUACUGUGUCGUCGAAGCGCGACUUGCAGUUGUCUUUCUCCUCCAUGAUCAUUUCCAGAUACACGCAGGUAGCGCAUGAGCCACCGUCGUCUCCUCAAGGCGUAAAUGAACACGGCGCAAGAGAGUGGCUCACCAGGAUCUUCAAAGACGCGAAUGAGGCCACCAUUGUCGGGCUACCAUCCAUGAUGAUGCACAUGACAAGUGAAGAAGCAAACGAUGAAUCAUCUCGGACCUUGGUCUACGACUUCCACAGCGAAUUCGUUCGUCGAGUCGGCAUGAAGGAUUUCGAGGACAUUUACAUCACGCUGAACAUGUCGCUCUAUGCGUGGCUUACCGUUCUUCGAAAGAACCUGGCCCGAGAAAUGGAGCAAGUCAGAGCAACGGAAGAUUGGCGGACGUCUAUGAGCAGUGUCUCAACAGUUCUAGCUACCGCAGGGUCUCAGCGGAAGAAGAAAGCACCCGAGCCUUUAUCAUUGACUGACGUCCCACGUUCAGCAACCCUUCCUUCUGCGAGCACGAUUUCAUUAUCACCGCCUGGCCCAUCGUCAGCUCGCUAUACUUGGAUGGAUCACAAUCGCACUCCUCAGACUUCUCGAGACCAAUAUCUAUCUCCUCGUGGACAGGUUACACCGACUCCUCUCCAUUUUCCAUCCAGUCAAGAGAAUCCUGAAGACCAGCCAGUUUCGCAAGCACCUCCAAAGCGACGCACCAUUGCUUACCAACCUCGGAACCGUCAUAUUGAACGCCUCACUAUGCGACAGUUGGGAGAUGCAACUCCAGAUGUCAUGCAUCCAUUCUUCAUGAAAAAGGCUGGCUUCAGUCUCGAGGAUUCCCUGCCGCAAUAUGUGCAUGAAUAUGCCACAACGCCCUUGGAAGAAAUUAUGGAGGUUCUCAUGAAGUUGUACAGCCAGCAGCUUCUGACGGGGGCGCAGAAAGCUCGAAGGUCAUCUUCAGACGCGACAUAA